AUGGAGUAUGAUGACAGUGCAGCCUUCAUCUUGGCUGAGCUUGACUUUGACAAAGCAGCUUGUAUCUUUGGGCACUUGGAGGCCAGCGAUGCUGCUGGCAUUGCAGCGGAAAUGGAAUUUGAAACCUCGGCAGGCAUACUGCAGGAGAUGGAAUUUGACGCUGCGUCCAAUAUCUUGGCCCGGAUGGAUCCCGCUGUUGCAGCUGGAUCUGUAUCCCUGAUGGAAGCAGAGACUGCAGCACACAUAUUGGCAGCCUCGCAGUCGUAUGCCAAAUCAGCUGAGAUCACUGGUCAUUUGACGGAAGAAUGUACAGCCGAAAUCUUGGCCGAGAUGGAAGCAGAGGUGGCUGCUGGUAUCGUUGCUGACCUAGACUACGACUUUUCUGCCGCAGCGCUUGCCUUGAUGGAAGCCGAGCAUGCUGGAGGUAUCAUGGAGGCUGCAGAAGUUGACGAUGUAGCUGGCAUAGUUGGGGAGAUGGAGUAUGAGAACGCGGCUUCGGUUAUAUCUCAUGUGGACUCUUCAACCGCGGCAACGGUCCUGCCACAAUUAGAGCAUGAAGAAGCAUCAAAGAUCAUUGCAGAAAUGGAUGCGGAUGCAGCAGCAGCAGUGGUUUCGGACAUGGAGUAUACGGACUCCGCUGGCAUCAUCUCCUGCAUGGACGCUGAAAGUGCUGCACAGGUCGUGAGCCAGAUGGACUAUGAUGCAGCUGCAGGCCUGCUAGCCGAGGCCGAUGCUGGCACAUCCGCCGGCAUUCUGCCAGAGCUGGACAUGGGAGAUGCUACAGGAAUCGUCUCCGAGAUGGAGGCUCAGGAGGCUGCUGCAAUCCUGGCUGCUGCAGAUGAAGACACAGUUCUUGAAAUCGUGGCUGCGAUGGAAUAUGACUAUGCUGCUGCCGCUCUUGCUGAAAUGGAGUUUGAUGGAGCCUCAAAUCUCCUUACACAAAUGGAGGCUGGCGAGGCAGCCUACAUAGUAGCAUCGCUGGACCAUGAAACGGCUGCCAACAUCUUGACAGCUGCGCAGUCACAUUCAAAGGCAGCUGCAAUCAUCAGCGAGAUGGAGGUAUCUGAUGCAUGCAAGGUAUGCAUGCAGAUGGAGGCUCCAGCUGCUGCUGGUAUUCUUGCAGAGCUUGAAUAUGAUGCUGCCAGCGACAUUCUGGGCAAGAUGCGUAUGUCGGAAGCCGCUGCGGUCUUGGCGGGUCUGGAGUACACGGAUGCUGCCGGUGUGGUCGAGCAUAUGGAACAAGCGAAAGCGCUGCCUUUACUCAGGGCUGCUGAAGUCGACAGUGACAGCAUCCUCAAGGAGCUUUCUGAUCAGAAGGCUGCAGAAAACUUCAGAUCCAAGCUGGCCAAGCGAUUGCGGAAGGACUAG